AUGUCUCAAACUUCUGAUGCUUCUCAAAUCAACAACGAGUCUACUGAAGUCGUGAAAACUCGAUCCAAAUCGAAGAAAGAAACUUCAACUGUCAUCGUAGAUGCAAAGCCCAUCUCUAUUGUUCCUCCAACUGAUUCAAAGCAGAAAUCAACCAAAUCAAAGGCUAGCAAAAAGAAGGAGAAACCGACAAAAGUAAGUGAAUCUUCUCCUUCUCUCUCGAAAAAGUCUGUUUCUGGUAAACCUAAGAAGAAAAAGGGCGAAUCCUCAGUUAAAAAGGGAUUGACUAUGUUUGAUUUGUAUGUGAGUGAAAAUCCUUUUGGAACGGGUAAUGUGGAAUCGCAUGUUGAAUCGUCUGGUAACGUUUCUAGUGAGAUUGGAAAGUCUCAAGUUGAAAAAGCUGUUGAUGAAACCCCUAUUUCUGAUAACCCUAAAUCUGGUGAAACCCUAGGUGAGGUUAGGGCUAAUACUGAGAUUACCACUGGUCAAUUAUCUCUGUCUGUGCCUGUGGCUACAUCUGAUAAGGCCACUCCUGAAACUGUUAAUGAAUCUGUAAAGGAGCAAGUUAUUGCUUCGCAGGAUGUUGAUGCUGCACAAGAUGUUGAAGCAUUCAAAGAAACUGUUGAUGCUGCACCGGAUGUUGAAGCAUUCAAGGAUCUGCCAAAUCCAAAUGAGGCUGCUCUCACAGAGUCUUUUGGUAGCAGUUCUGAGUCUAAGGCUUCUACUGAGAAAGAGGGUACUCUUGAUCUUGUGGCUGAUUCUGAGCCUAAUAAAGAGAACGAUGUCUCUGAUGGUGAUGAUGAGUCUGAGAAAACAGUUGCUGAAGAGCAAACCAUGAUUGAUGUGGAUGCUCUUGAAACAGAUGAAGAUCCUCAGUCUAAGCAAGUGCAGAAAGGUAUUGGGCGUAGACUUAGGAGCAGAACACAAAAAUCUACACCUUCUGUUAAGGUCACUCCUUCUGUAACAAAGAAAGACAAGGAGUCUGCUGUAAAACCUGUCAAGUAUGGUGCUAAGAGAAGCUGGAGCAAAGUUGUUCCUCCCUCUGAAAAGAAGAAGAAUGUGCUGAAAAGAAAGAGUGCACCGUCUAGUGACUCUGACUUUGAUGCUGAGAAGGAUGCUUCAAGCAUCAAGCCACCUGCUAAGAAGAUUAUGUCUGCCAAGAAAAUUGCUGCUGAUAUGGAAGAGUUUCCCUGUGACAAUGUGUCCUAUCAUUUGGCUUCAUAUGCUCAAAGAUGGGGGAUCAUCUGUAAGAGAAGAUUUGCUUUGGAGAGGGAAUUAGGGAAAGACAUCUUGGAACGUGAAGACAUUGUGAGUCUGAUCAAGAAUGCUGAUUUGAUCAAGACUGUGUGGGGUUUAGGUUCCUGCUAUGAUAAGCUAGUCAGAGAGUUCAUUGUCAACAUUCCAGAAGGCUGUGACAAUCCUCUAGACAAAGAAUUUCAGAAAGUGUUUGUUCGAGGAAAAUGUGUGGAAUUCUCUCCAAGUAUUAUUAACAAAGCUCUAGAGAAUCCUGAUGAACCCCAUCCUGACAUUGAGGUGUCUGAUAAUGUUGUGUGCAAGACCAUCACAGCCAACCAAGUGCAGACUUGGCCCAAGAAACAAAAAGUUCCUGCUGUGAAGUUAACUCAGAAGUAUGCCAUUCUAAACCGCAUUGCUGCUGCAAAUUGGGUACCUACUAGGCAUUCAUCUGACAUUGCCACAGGUCUGGGUAAGCUGAUUUACAUGAUUGGUACAGGUAAAAAGUUUAAUGCUGGCCACUACAUCUUUAACCAAAUUGUUCAACAUGCAAAAACUACUGUCACAAAGCAACCCAUUGCUUUUCCUACUUUACUGUGUGAUAUCAUCUUCUCUCAACAUCCAAGUAUAAGGCAUGAUGGUGAAUCUGCUAAAAGUAGAGCAUCUCCGCUCACUAUUCAUCAGAAACUGUACAGCCAACAGCAUGCUCCAGACAUUGUUGGAUCAUCAAAUGCUGCUGCUGAUGCACCUAUGACAAGGAAGGAGAUGAUAGCUUUGCUGGAAGCAAAUUGCAAGGAGCUGGAUGAAAAGAAGCUGCAAUAUGAACGAAUGAUUCAUGCUCUGAGACUUGAAGAGGCUACAGCUCAAGCAGCUAGUGCAGGUGUUAAUGCAACCAUGGUGGAUGAUGCAAGUGAUGAGGAAGCAGGUUUAGAGGCUGAAGAAGAAGCUGGUGACUCCUCAGGAAGUGCCUCUGUGUAA